AUGGAUCCUGUGGCCUCUGCUGUCCGCCUGGAAGUCCAGGAGGCUGUUCACAUCCUUUCUUCAUCUGAGGAUGGGGGCCAUAUCGUCUCCACGCUGCAGUCCCUGAGGCGGUACCUUGGUGAAACGGAGACCCAAGCCCCCCCUGGGGAGCAGGAGGAGUUUAGCAGGACCCACUUUUCCACUGUUCUCAGAUGUCUGGUUGGCAAGCUGAGCCCUGACUGGCUGGACCUGCUGCCUGAUGGCCAGUUGGAGGAGCUGUGGGCCAGCUUCUUCCUGGAGGGCCCAGCUGACCAAGCCUUCCUGGUGCUGAUGGAGUCCAUUGAGGGUGCUGCCAGCCCCAGCUUUCGUCUGAUGAAGAUGGCGCGGCUGCUGGCCAGGUUCCUGAGUGCAGGCAGGAUGGCCGCUGUGAUGGAGGAGCAGUGUGGGCAGCAGGCGGGGCCGGCCUCCUGCCUGCUCCAGGAGACCCUUCUCACCAGGGUGGUGGGCCUUCCUGAUCGCCUGGGCAACCGUCUGCAGCGAGAGACACUGGCCGCCUUCUUCCCUCAGAACUACUUCCCUCUGCUGGGCGAGGAGGUCCUGCGGGUGCUGCAGGCUGUGGUGGACUCUCUCCGAGGUGGCUUGGACUGCUCCGUCUCCUUUCUGUCUCAGGUCCUGGGCAAAGCCUGCGUCCACGGGAGACAGAAGGAGGUCCUGGGCGUGCUGGUGCCCCGGUUGACGGUGCUGACCCAGGGCAACUGCCUCUGGCAGCGGGUCUGCUGGCGCCUGGUGGAGUGUGUGCCCGACCGGGCCAUGGAGGCCGUGCUGAAGGGGCUCGUGGAGGCUGCCCCGGGGCCAGAGGUCCUCUCGCGGCUGCUGGGGAACCUGGUGACAAAGAGCAAGAAGGCCCAGUUUGUGAUGACGCGGAAGCUGCUGUUCCUUCAGUACAGCUGCUCGACGCCCAUGCUGCAGAGCCUGCUGGGGUAUCUGGCCAUGGACAGCCAGCGGCGCCCGCUCCUCAUGCAGGCGCUGAAGGAGCUCCUGGAGACGUGGGGCAGCAGCAGCGCCAUCCGCCAUGCGCCCCUGGAGCAGCAGUGCUACGUCAGCAAGGCCGCGCUCAUCUGCCUGGCGCACCUGGGGGAGGCGGAGCUCCGGGCCUGCCGGGACGAGCUGCUGGCCAGCCUGAUGGACGGAGUGAAGAAUCGCCUGGACAGCAGCCUGCCCGCCGUGCGCCGCCUGGGCAUGACUGUGGCCGAGGUGGCCAGUGCCCGGCUGCAUCCCGAGGGUCCUCCCCUGAAGUUCCAGUAUGAAGAGGACGAAUUGACCCGAGAGAUAUUGGCCUUGGCUGCGCCCUGGCCCGCGCCUCACGGCCCCUCGGAGGCAGGCCCGCCUGUGGCUCCCGUCGAUGGGGAGUCUCCUGACCAAGAGACGGUGGAUGGUGGUAGCCCCCAGGCUGGGCGGGAGGGCUCUGACUCCGAGCUGGACAGUGAUGACGAGCUGGUCCCCUACGACAUGUCGGGGGACGGGGAGCAGAGGAACAGCAAGACGCCCGCGUACGUGCGGGACUGCCUGGAAGCUCUGACCGCAUCUGAGGACUGGGAGCGCUGGGAGGCGGCCCUGCAGGCCCUGGAAGGCCUGGUGCUCAAGAGCCCAGCUGCCACCCGGGAGGUGAGCCUGGAGCUGGCCAAGGUGCUGCUGCACCUGGAGGAGAAGACGGCCGUAGCGGGGUUCGAGGGGCUGCGCCAGAGGGCGCUGGUGGCCGUCACAGUCACGGACCCGGCACGGGUGGCGGAGUACCUGGCCAUGCAGUUCUAUGCCCUCAACUACAGUCUCCGGCAGCGCAUGGACAUUCUGGACGUCCUGGCCCUGGCUGCCCAGGAGCUGUCCCGGCCCGGGCGCCUCAGGAGGGCCACCCAGCAGGGCUCCCCAGGGCCCGGCUCCCAGCCCAGUGUGGCCGCGGUCCCGGCCUGGCAGGCGGUGGUGGAGGAGCGCGUCAGACGCAAGGCCCGGCGGUUCUGCAAGGGCUCCGCGGGGCGGGCAGCAGCCACUGGCCCCAACGAAUUCAACGCGGUGGCUGGUUACUUCUUCUUCCCCCUCCUUCAGCGUUUUGACAGGCCUGUGGUGACCUUUGACCUUUUGGGAGAUGACCAGCUGGUCCUCGGGAGACUGGCCCACACCUUAGGGGCCCUGAUGUAUCUGGCCGUGAACACCGUGGUGGCCGUGCCCAUGGGCAAGGCCUUGCUGGAGUUCGUGUGGGCUCUUCGUUUCCACGGGGAUGCCUACGUGCGCCGGGGCCUGCUGUCUGCCAUCUCCUCCGUCCUUCUCAGCGUGCCAGCCGAGCGGCUGCUGGCGGACCUGCCAGACGAACUUCUGGAGGCCCGGUCCUGGCUGGCAGGUGUGGCGGAGCAGGACGCAGACGAGGACUGCCGGCUGCUGGCGGUGAAGGCGCUGCUGUUGCUGGAGAAGCUCCGCGACAGGCUCCUCCCACUCUCCUCUCCUUAG